AUGGUUACAAUCAGAUGUUUGAUUGCAGUAACUGCAUCUAAAGGGCUUAGUGUUUCUAAAUCGGCUAUCACCACUCUAGAAUCUAAUGCCAGGUUAACCUCAAUUGAGUAUGAUCAAGCCAUAGGUGAACAAGAUGAUGAGUUUUUGUCUAACGUUUCACCUUACCAAAGACUUAUUGGCAAACUUAUGUAUGCCACUAUUACAAAGCCAGUCAUUAACUUUGUUGUUCAAACUCUCAGCCAAUUCAUGCAACACCCCAAGAAAUCUCACUGGGAAGCAGCUACUAGGAUGGUAAGAUACCUUAAAGGUUCUUUUGGUCAAGGUGUCUGGUUUAAGACUGAGCCUUCUACUACUCUAACUUGCUGGUGUGACUCAGAUUGGGCUACUUGCCCCAACACUAGAAGAUCAGUUACUGGUUAUACCAUUCACUUUGGUGAAUCACUAAUAUAA